GUAUACAAGCGCAAGUGAAGCGGGCAACGCUAGAAUUUGUUGUAUCCAAGAAACAAUCAGGAAGACAAUGAUAUGUCUGACGCUAUUCAAGCCAAGGAACUGUUAAUACGGGCAGUAGAGUGCGAUCAAUUGGGACGUAUUCUGGAGGCCCAGACACUCUACCAAGAUGGUAUAGAAAAGCUCAUGAGCUUCGUGUCGGGAGAGAAAGAUGAGGCAAAACGUAAGUCGUAUUACAAAAGGAUAAACGAAUAUGUGGAACGGGCCGAAGCUAUCAAGGCACGUAUCAAUGGAAAACUGAUGCUCGGCCAGGUGGUGCGACACAUAUCGAUUGAAGAAGACGAUUUUGGGUAUGAUUACGAUCAGCUGUUCGGCACGUAUAUGAAUGAAAAAACAGUGGAGAUCUUAAUAGAGGAGCCCUACGUGACUCUAAACUAUCAGUAUCAAAAUCUUGUACGUUUUUUGGAGCUAGCUGCGACCAACUGUUCGAAUUUAAAAUACUUUCGACUGGUCACCAAGGAAGAUCCCAAAGACAUUGAACAACAAAAAACGAAUUUUGGUCAAAUACGGUCGGACUUAAAGAAUCGUAAUAUUACAUUCUGUGUCAAGUACGAGGACACGUUACACGAUCGAAAAAUUUACUUAAGCAACGGAUUCAUUAUCAAAAUUGGACGUGGAUUGCACUUUUACAAAGCUUCUAACCCCAUGUACUCAAUCGGUUUGGUAAAUUACAAGUUUAGAAGGUGUUUACAGACAGAUGUGGAUAUUUGGCGGAAUGACAAUACGUCGAGUUGAGUGCUAUUGCUAAUUUACAAUUUUCAGAUCAAACAAGUUUACUCAUGCUGCAAUUUUUUACAUACAUUUUUUAGUAUUCAUAAAAUAAAACUUUAUUACUCAUUUUUAGAGCUAAUCUAAAGAACUUUCCCAUAACAAUUAAUUUUUUAAAAAAUAUGUUGCGCAUCCCAUUGAAAAUACACGGUGUUGCCCUCCAUGCAACCAUCAGUCAAGCAAUCAGCGAUUUUACAAAGUGUUAUCGAUUUAAUUUUUUAAUAAAAACUUUAUAAAAUUUAA